AUUCUGACCAUUCACGCCGCGACCAGGGAUGGUGGAUACAGGCUUUCCAUUCACUGUCUAUUGGUUUAUGAUAACACUUAAUGAUGUGUCGUUUUGUUUAGAGGAUCAACCGGAAACUAAUAUUGACUAUUUGGAUAUGCAAAUACAAAAUAUCAAUUCAGAACGGCACUGACUGUUUUGUCAUUGCGCACAAAUGGUGAUUCAGCUGAGUUCAGUCAGACUCUUGACAUUACCACCUGUUUGAUUAAGUAUCAGAGAGGACUCAAAAAUAACACCUCAAUGCUCGGGUGAACACUGCUGUUUUGGGGUGAAUUUGCACGCCGCGGAGGAAUCUCCAAGUAAACAUAAUGGAAAGUAUAUUAAUUGAACCUGACUUUUUGCCCUUCAACGAUUCUUGGAAGAACUCCAGUCUUGCCAACGGAACCGCCGGGCUAAACCAGACGAAUCCCCUGAAAAGGAAUGAGGAGGUGGCGAAAGUUGAGGUGACAGUGCUCGCCCUGGUUCUGUUUCUGGCUCUUACCGGGAACCUGUGCGUCCUGGUGGCAAUUCACACGACCAAACACAGCCAGUCUCGAAUGUAUUACUUCAUGAAGCAUCUAAGCAUCGCUGAUCUGGUUGUGGCCAUAUUUCAAGUCCUGCCACAACUCAUCUGGGACAUAACCUUUCGUUUUUAUGGACCCGAUAUCCUGUGUAGGCUGGUAAAGUACCUCCAGGUCGUUGGAAUGUUUGCCUCUACCUACAUGUUGGUUUUGAUGUCAAUUGACAGGUGCUUGGCAAUAUGUCAACCGCUCCGCUCUCUGCAUAAGAGGAAAGACCGCAUCUAUGUCGUUUUUUCUUGGGUUUUGAGCCUGUUGUUCAGCAUCCCGCAGAUGCACAUUUUCUCCCUGAGGGAUCUGGGAUCCGGGGUGUAUGACUGCUGGGGGGACUUUGUGCAGCCUUGGGGAGCGAAAGCGUACAUAACCUGGAUCAGCCUCACGAUAUAUAUCAUACCAGUGGGCAUUCUGAGCCUUUGCUAUGGGCUAAUAAGUUUUAAGAUUUGGCAAAACUUUAAACUGAAAACAAAAAGGGACCAUUGUAUAAGCCUCACGCCAAAAACGUCAAAAGGCAACGUUCUCGCUCGAGUGAGCAGCGUAAAACUGAUUUCCAAGGCAAAGAUAACCACCGUGAAAAUGACAUUUGUGAUAGUUCUGGCUUACAUCGUCUGUUGGACUCCUUUCUUCUCUGUGCAAAUGUGGUCUGCAUGGGAUCCAGCUGCGCCUCGUGAAGCCAUGCCCUUCAUCAUCUCCAUGCUGCUGGCCAGUCUGAACAGCUGCUGUAACCCCUGGAUCUACAUGUGCUUUGCUGGUCACCUGUUCCAGGACCUGAAGCAGAACGUGCUGUGCUGCUCAUCACGCUACCUCAAGUCCUCGCAGUGCCACUGUGACCGUGACAACGACUCCAGCCGCAAGAGCAACUCCUCCACCUACGUCAUCAAAAGCACCAGCAGCCAGAGGAGCAUCACCCAGACCUCCACCACAUGAGGCCGGCCAACCACCUCCACCACCCAGACCUCCACCACAUGAGGCCCGCCAACCACCUCCACCACCCAGACCUCCACCACAUGAGGCCCGCCAACCACCUCCAUCACCCAGACCUCCACCACAUGAGGCCCGCCAACCACCUCCACCACCCAGACCUCCACCACAUGAGGGCCCGCCAACCACCUCCACCACCCAGACCUCCACCACAUGAGGCCCGCCAACCACCUCCACCACCCAGACCUCCACCACAUGAGGCCCGCCAACCACCUCCACCACCCAGACCUCCACCACAUGAGGGCCGCCAACCACCUCCACCACCCAGACCUCCACCACAUGAGGCCCGCCAACCACCUCCAUCACCCAGACCUCCACCACAUGAGGCCCGCCAACCACCUCCACCACCCAGACCUCCACCACAUGACGGCUGACCGACUAGCUCCACCACCCAGACCCCAGACCCCAGAACUCAGACCCCAGACCCACCUCUGUCUCCAUAUGCGGCCACCAGACCUCCCACCUCACAGGGGAAGACUGACUAUAUCACUAUUUCACAGCUUUCAUGUCUUGUGUUGGACCUAGAUGGAAGGCAGGUUUGAGGGAUUGGUUGCUGUACAGAUUUUAUUAUGGGUCGUGUUUGUUGAGGUGGAAUGUACAAAGUGUCCUCCGUGGUCUAGACGAAAUCAUCCAUUGACUGUCUGACGGAGAGACUCAGGCAGACAGAUUUAUUUCGCGUUGGGGGGGGGGGGGGUACUGGGUGACCCAAGGACAGUCAUCUCUGCCAAGGAAAUGAUGGAGCUGUGUUCUAAUUGGUCAGUAAACUACACGCCCCUCAAUCCAUCUGCUCACUGGUUGGUGUCUUAAGGUGUCAGUCAGAGCUGGGAUCUGUAACCCAGAGUCUGGAGAGUAUGAAAGUGAAGGUGAACGCUCCUGUUACAUAGUUAGUCACAUGUACUGUAGGAUAGCUUGUGUGUUCAUUCAGCUCCUGUUUAUCCCCACCAUGCAUUACGUCACACUCACAGUAUGUUUCAACUGUUGCACUGUUUCUGAAACAUUUAAGCUUAGUGAGAAAAAAAAAACGAUAAUGAGCUUUGAGUUGUUAAGGUUUUUUUUUUUUUUUUUACAGACAACUUGUAAAUUGACGAGUAAAAUUGUCGCAAUUUUUCCUUUAAGGAAAACAAAUGUCAGAUGUGUUUUGAUCAAGAAACGUGUUGUAUUUUGGUGAAGUAUUUUCUACAUGCAGUAACUAAACUGUGUGUGCUUUCUAAGUGUUCCCCACCUUCUUAUUGAAUGAUUCAUAAAGGCAGCAAGUAUGAAAAUAGGUUGCGCAUGUUGUGAAUAUCCCAACUGGGAAUUAGUAGAACCAUUGUAACUUUAUCUUGAUAAUUUUUACACUGUGUAGGGGCCAGUUCACAGAUUUAAGGUAGUCCAAAAGAAAUCCUGCAAACUUUAUUUUUUCUUGACCUAAAGUCAGGAAGCUGCCCCAUUCAAUGUUCUCCAGAAACUAUUGCAGAAAAUUUUCUUGACACUGUUCCUAGGUAUAAAUCACAAACAGCAGUAUUGUAUUUAAAGUCUUCUACAUUAAACCUAUUUUUCAUCUUGUUGUGAAGGCUACUGAAUGUGUUUGUUGGUAACUUUAGCCUAGUUCCUGUUUUGCAUUAAGAGUGUUGUAUUUUGGGCAAAGAAAUACGUGUAUCUCUUAUUUAUUUGAAAUAAACGUUGUGUGUUCUGUCAACAGAUGCCUUGGAUCGACACCCCCACCCCAACUUCUAACAGUAGGAAAACUCCAUGAUUGUUGACUAAGCCAUGACAAUCAAUAUCUGACAUGCCAAGCUUGAGAUAAGUGGUUUCAGUAGAUUUGAAGUCAGAUGAGCAUACCGAACAACAACAAUGAUUGAGAGACCCAAAGUAGCAACAGCAGGAUAUUGUACACGGGAUGCAGAAUUUAUCAGCUCUUAUAAUGUUUUGAAAUAAUACACACCUGCACCAUUAACUCAAAUACAAUAACAUGUAUCAAGAAAUAUUUUCAGCUAUAGCGUUAUCCUUGAACUAUAUGCUGAACAACAAAUACAAUUAAAAAAAUUAACUGAGAAAAUAAUUCGCCCAUCGAUACUUUACUAUACUUCCUUUUGUCAACAAGACGUAUAUUUUUCUUCUAUUUCCUAAUUGGUAGAGAAACAAAUGAAGCAUUAAAUUGUGUGUAUGAAUAAAGAACCUUGAUACGCAGCACAGAAAGGGUUGUUCUAAUGGGAAAGUUUCUUCUUGUUGGCGUGUUCUUGACUCACCGCUAGAAUGUGUAAAUCAAACAUUCCACUUGUCACUCUCCGUUAAAA